UCUAACACAACACUGCACAGUUAAAUCCUGUAAAUACAUAAAAUAUUUCCCAACACACGGUAAGAAACUUAACUAAAUAGGGCAAAACCUAUUAAUUAUUAUAGCCAAUUUCAUUCUCACUAAAAAUUGCUGGAAACGUGUUUCAUGUUCGCCGAAUAUUAAACGUGUGCAUUUUUGGCAAAGACUUGUUUAAUAUUGUCUCGAUAUUUGUAAGACAACUUUUUCAUGCAGACACCAAAUUAAAUUUAUUGGACCAGACAAACUCAAUAAAUAUCUAUGUACCAAAUUAAAAUGGAUGUGAACCCAGGACAGAAAUGGGGAUGUCCAAGGUGCUCGAAAACGUUAAAAACUGAUAACCCGUUGGACACACACAUGGUCAGGAACGAUCCCAAUGCCAAGGUCAAAUGUGAGGUUUGCGAAAUAAUUGCCAAAAACACACUCGCCUUAUCUUCCCGCUUUAAGAAGCUACCAAGUUGUGACACGUGUCAACGGGUGUUUUCCAAUUCGUAUAACUUACAGCGACAUGUUGACGCUAUCCACAGCACGAAGGAACGACCUCGUUUUCCAUGUACGUCUCUUGGAUGUGGCAAAACCUACCAAAACAAGCGUGGUCUUUUGCAUCACGUGAAAACUGAACAUGCCGAAAAUCCGGUCCGAUUUCCGUGCACACUUUGCGAAAAGGAGUUCAAAACGAGGCUUCAAGUUCAGAAUCACGUUCUCACCCAUACGACGGAGAAGCCGUACAAUUGUGCCACUUGUGGGAGGAGUUUCGCCCACGUGGAAAGUAUGAAACGGCACGAGAUCACGCAUUUGGAAAAAUCUACCCUAGAUGUGUCAAAGUGUCACAUCUGUCCUAAAACCUUCUUAAGUAGGAUUGGUUUACAACGGCACGUGCGAGUUGUGCAUGAAAAUCAGAGGAAUUAUCCUUGCGCAUUUUGUAACAAGAGAUUCUCUCUGGCAUCAAAUUUGAAGGGUCACGUGGAGGCGAGACAUGCCACGAACAAAGGGCCGAUCCAUUCCUGCGACAAAUGCGAGUACAGGAGCUACUCGAAACACAAUUUGGCCAAUCACAGAAGGCGUCACAAGGUUGCGAAUCAUGGAUGUUACUUCUGUGGGAAGAAAUUCAUCAGUUUCCCCGAAUUGGUCCAACAUUUUAAGGUGCAUACUUUAGAAAAGUUAAAACAUUUAGGUCAUGAAUAGGUCAUGGCACGUGGAUAAUUUGCGAAUUUUUCCUACAGUAAAAAUUUUGUCAAAUAUCGAAAACCUAUAGAUUUUCGAUAUUUGAAAAACUUUUUGGAUUGAAAAUCAUGAAUGUUAGUUAUUUGACACAUACAUACUUAUUUGCUAGUAAGUACUAUACAUGCCUAAAUUUCGUAAAAUUUAUUAAUAUCCGAAGUAUGUACAUAAGUAGUUGCUUUCAAUAUGCAUCUUCUAGGUACUCAAUACAUACAUAUGCAUAUGUGCAUACACGGUGUAUGUAUGUAUGUACACAUGCAAGAUUUGUUCGCGUGGAUUAUACACGCGAACAAAUCUUGCAUUGCAAAAUAUCUAGUCGGCUCAUUCCGAAUUGCACAUUUUUUACCCGACGGCCUUUACGUAUGUAUGUAUGUAAUGUGUG